AUGCAUCAACAGCUUAUACGCGGCGUCACCAUACGCCCCCUCCGUCCCAGCACCGGCCUCCAACACAAAGCCAUCACUCUCUCCCUCGGGCCAGCACCAAGGCCAAGAGUCCAAGCAUACAACUCCCACAGUCACUGCUCCCUAGCCACGGCAUCAUCAUCCGUAUCAGUCCCCCACCUCCGAGCGCCUAACCUCCUCCACGCCCGGCAGCCUAGCCACGUCGACCUCGUUGCUCACCAUCUCCAAAGCCAGGGCAUCCUCAAGGUCACGCUCGACUUCCCCGACCCAGAGAGCACAUACCUCCAGCACCUCAUCGCCAGUCUUCACCAGCACCACGGCCACAAGCUGCCCAUCUCCCACAGCGCCGGCCGCGGCUGGUUCUGGGACGUGCGCCCGGCCGCAUCCAACUUCCAGACGCGCAACCACCAAGCCCGCUCCGAGACCAUGGCCGAGUUCCCCUGGCACACAGACUGCAGCUACGAGGAUCCCACGCCGCGCCUCUUCGCCCUCCAAGUCCUCCGCCACGACCACCUCGGCGGCGGCACCCUCUCCGUCACAAACGCCGACCAGCUCGUCCGCCAGCUCUCACCGCGCACGAGGCUGGCCCUCGCAAGGGACGAGUUCCAAAUCGCCAUCCCACGAGAGUUCGCCAAGAGCCCCGACAGGACGACCAUCACGGGCCGGCUGCUCUCCACGAGCCGCGGCCACGGCGCCCUACGCUUCCGGCGCGACAUCCUCACACCACUGACGCCCGCGGCCGCCCACGCCCUCGACGAGCUCGACGCCGCCCUGGCGCGGGUACACGUCCUGGCUCCCCACGCGACGCUUCACCUCCAAGCGGCCGACCUGCCGAGCGGUUCCGUCAUACUCGUCGACAACUUCAGGUGGCUCCAUGCCAGGAACGACGUCAAGGACCCGGCGCGGCACCUGCGCCGCGUCCGCUGGGACGCGGUCCCCUUUGCAGCAAAGCCGUGA